AUGGAUGUUUUUCUUCUUCUUCUUCCUCUUCCUCUCCAGGCUGGCUGCAGCACCAUGUCCUCCGCUCAAAGUGGGGAUAUAUCAGGCUACCAACUGAGUGUGGUGCGGAACCCACCCGGCUGGGAGGUGGGGAUCUACCUGGUGGGCUUCUUCGUGCUACUGGGCGUGGCCGGGCUCAACAUCUGGAAGUUGUGGAAAUCUGGAACCUUCCCCGCGCCCUCCCCGUUCCCCAACUUUGACUAUCGAUUUCUGCAAGAAAAAUAUGGAACCUCCUUCUCAGAAGUCAGACAAAAGCGAGUGGCUGCCAACAACAACCGGCGGACCUCCACCACCUCCAGCCGCAAACCCAGCCUGGCAUUUGGCGACACCCCGGACUGUUUCCGGGAUCUGGGUCACCUGGAGCUGAUGAGCAGGGAGCUGGACCCGACCGGCCAGGCCCAGCUCAACCGAUCCAUGUCCACCGACUCGCUCAGCUCCAUCUCCUCCAUCGCCAACAACUUCGGCCACGACUUCACGGUGGGCCAGCUGGAGGUGACGCUCGAGUUUGAGCCGUCCCGGCAUCCGGGCCACGGGGCCGGGCUGCUCCACAUCACUCUGCACCAGGGCAAAGAUCUGCUGGAGAGGGAGGAGGGCGACUUCCCCGGCUGCUUCAUCAGGGUCUCCCUGGGGCCAGAGGAGAUCAGUGUGGGGGUCACAAGGAUCCAGACGAACGCCUUCACGGUGCUUUUUGACGAGCACUUCUCGGUGCCCAUGGACUCGUCCUUGCUGGAGGAGUACAGCCUGCGUUGUGCAGCUUUUGGCAUCGAUGCUGACGAGAGAAACAUCAGCGCCGGGGUCGCCGACCUCAAGCUGUCCGACCUGGACCUGACCAUCCGACCGUUCAACGCCUGGCUCUACCUUCAAGACGUCAAUAAGGCUGUGGAUGCAGUCGGGGAGAUCCUGUUGUCUCUCAGCUAUUUGCCGACAGCAGAGCGCCUCACAGUUGUUGUGGCCAAGUGCAAGAACCUGGCGUGGACCAACAGCAAGAACACUGCAGAUCCGUUCGUCAAAGUGUAUCUCCUGCAAGACGGCCGGAAGAUCAGCAAGAAGAAGACUUCCACCAAAAGGGACGACACGAAUCCCAUCUUCAACGAGGCCAUGAUCUUCUCUGUGCCGUCCAUCGUCGUGCAGGAACUCUCCCUGAGGGUGACGGUGGCCGAGGCCACCGACGACGGCCGGGGCGAGAACCUGGGUCACGUGAUCAUCGGCCCCGAGGCCAGCGGGAUGGGGAUCACCCACUGGAACCAGAUGCUGGCCACUCUGAGGAAACCCGUGUCCAUGUGGCACCCCAUACGCAGGAUCUAGCUCUCUCUCUCUCUCUCUCUCUCUCUCUCUCGUCCCUCUCCUACAAACCCAAACCCGUUUCAAGUAAAACACUCGCUUCUCGUCACGUUCUCCGUCACCCUAAAACCCCCCAUCUGGUGCCACGCUCCAGUCUGUUACACUGUUUCAGGGAGAUAAGAGUUGUUGGCCCACAGGACGAUACUGUGUGUGUGUGUGUGUGUGUGUAAACACCUUAUCUUCAUGGGGGAGGGUGGAUCUGAAAAGCCGGUGUUUGACUGUGAACACGGUGUUUUUACUGACCCCUGGAUCAAUUAUACGCUUCGAUCCUGUCUUUAGUAUUGGGGCUUCAUUCUGGGUGAGGGUGGGGGGUGAAAGCUGAGGAGUUUUUCAA